AAUAAGUAGUAGGCGCGGCCAUGCCUGAAUUUGUAAACAAAACUGUUUGUUUGGUAACGAUUCACAAAAUUAAAGUGAUGAGUAGAAGUUUAGUAAUUUAGGGGCUGUAAUUAGUCCUGAUAUCGUGCAAUUUAUUUGCGCAAACGUAUGUAAUGAGACUUAGCUUAUUUUUGAUAGGCCGCUCGGUAAAUUUUUGAUAUCGGCCUUGGCUCAUUCAAUUUUACGUUCUGCUAUUUAAUUACUUUCAAUCUGAUGCCGACGAGGAUGACGACCUUAAAAGGAAUUUUUCCCGACCCGAAACCGAUAAGAAGAAAAAACUUUAUUCAGGAGAAUGUUAAAAGUCUUCGACAAAUGGAGCAAUAUUUUCACAAUAAAGAUUUGGAAGAUCUUCAAAAUCUCCACAUUCACAAGCAAAGGGUCGUCAAUAAAUACCAAAAUAUCGGACCUAAAGUCAAGUCUGGUGCUCCAAAAUUAGAAGAUCCUUCCAAAAAAGUAGCAUCAAAGACAUCAGCUAACAAAGCAGAAAAAACUAAUCAAUCGGACCAAAAGCUAAGCAUUCCAGCUUUAUUUAGCAAAGGAACCACAUCUGCUAAAAAGUUAUACAGAGUACCAGGCAAUAGAAAUUCCGUGUCUUUUCCGAAGAAAACAGAAAAAAAUCGUGCUACUGGCAAAAUUGCUCUGGGUAAAAAUAAGCCAAAAGUACCUUCUGAUCCAAAUGUCUUGCAGAAUCAAUCACGGGACAAUGAAAAUAGUAAAGUUGUGGUUAAGUACAGAAAUCAGGGAAUUCAAACCAUGGAUGAUAGAAAUUUGGAUGAUUUGUAUGCCGAAGGUGUAAUCAGAUAUGCUACAAAGAAAAAUGCGCAAAGUAGUAAUCCUUGCAAAAAUAUAUCUGAAGAAGAACCAGGCAAAAUAGCAAAAGUUGUAUCGAGUCCACCUUCAGACAGAGGAGAUGUAUGUGUAUCGCCCGUAAAAAAUGACGAAGAUGGGAUAAAUUACAUCAAAUUGAAUAAACAACGAAAUUCUGUGGCGAGUAAAUUGGCUACUCAACUGAAUAGUGGUGUACCUCCUUCCAGUUAUCGAAAAGGAGUUGUUCCCAAAUAUCUUAAAGACAGAAAAGAAGCUUUAAAAAAAGAGGAACAGGCCAAAGCUGAUAUUAGUCGUGCAGAUUGUCCAGAAGGCUUUGUUGCUCUUCCCGAUGAAGACCGAAGGGAAACCUUGAGGAUGUUAAAAACACAAUACCAAGAGUGCGUCGACGAGCUAAAUAAAUUGCCAAUAAGGACCGAUACACUAAGGGCCCAAACGAAGAAAAUGGAAAUUGAAAAGAAGCUGAAUAAACUCGAGGAAGGUAUCAAAGUGUUUUCGAGGCCGAAUGUUAUCAUUAAAAUUGGCGCGUGAUCUGAUAAGUGAUAGCUUAUAAAGGGGACCAAACUCAUUUCAAAAACAAUUGCACUGAAAUUCGUUGAGUGAUAUAAACAAAGACCAUGUUUGAUUCAUUGUUC